AUGUCCCAAGGCACCCUGGAGUCCCGUAUCAGUGCAGCUGCUGCACGCAAUGAUGAGCUACUUUCCACGCUGUCGUCGACCGAUGGCGCUACCACAGCUGUGCGCCAUCAGACACAGCUGAUCGCUGACUUGGAAGCCGAGCUCGCCGAAUUGAAUCGUAAUAUCAACACGUUGACGAAGAAGCGAGAGAGCGAGCUCAAAGAUCACAACAAGUAUCAACACUCAUUCUUCCGGAAACAUGCGCAUACAGUCUUUGGGAAGAAGGAAAAGUUCAUCGCCACGGCUGAGAAGGAAGAGAAAGAGUACUUUGAAGCAUUGAGAGAGGAGACGUUGGCAAAGGAGCAAAAGGAUGGGUUGAUCAAGCAGAUAGAGGAUCUCCAGAGGGUCCUAAAGGAGGAACUAGAGCCCGUGGCGAAACGACAUGAAGAGGCUCAGAAGGCUCUCGAUGAACUAUACGAUCAACUAUUUGACGGACCGACCCCUUCAUUCCCCGAGGAGGACGCUUUGGAGCAAAAGGCUUCGACGACUCUCGAUGCGUACACUGGGAUUAGGGAUCGUCUCCUCGGAGAAGACGCUGCGAGGCAGAAACUUGACGAAGCGGGCAAGGCCAUGGGUCAGGCUUUGAGGAAUAUCGAGGAUGCUUUGGACGCCUCGACUUGGGAUACAUGGGGAGGCGGCACUUGGGCUGAUAUGAUGGAGAGAGAUAGUCUGGCCCAGACACAAGGCUAUGUCUCUAAAGUCCAUCAAUGUGUGGCAAUGGCUAUCCGUACGAGUCCCGAAGUCACGCCGCUGCCUAACAUGACGAUCACCUCGGGACAUGUCAUGAGCGAUAUGGUCUUCGACUCCAUCUUCACAGACUUGGCUCAACAUGACAGAAUUGAAAACUCAAAGGUCGAGCUCCGACGCGGUGCAGUCCAUCUUGAAGCUCAGAUCAAGGCCUCGCAGAGCAGAGUGGAAGGUCUCAAAGCGGAUCUGGCCAGAGCAGGAGAGGAGCUGGGAAAAGCGAGAAAGGAACUGCAAGAAUGCAGGAUGAGAAGCUUCCAAGUGGUUCUGAAGGGUGGGCAGCUGCCGGCAUACACAGCGUGA